UGUAGACUUUUGUCUAUGAAAAAGGCGGCCUUCAUUCUUUCUUUUCUUUUUCGUGUCAGUGUCAAUUUACAUUUCGCUCCGUGUCAGUCAUGUCGUAAAACGAGGAUACCGCAUCAUGUGACGGAAUAUUACUAAUAACGCUGCAUUGCUUGUGUUUUUGUUCAACGAGUGUGCUCUAAUGGGACUAUAAAGAGUUAUGUUCGUGGAAAGAAAAGUAGGCGUUUGCAGUAUUAGUGUGAUAGUGGCAUUUUUCAAGGAUUUUAUUUGACACUUGUUUCCACGUGGUGACUGUCACCGAUCAGUCGACGUGUAAAAGUAAUCGCCCUUUUUACUCACAAAUUCACCCUCACAGCUAAGUUAUUAAAAGAUGGAAUCCUUGAAUAUGUCUAAAUUAAACCUGUCCAAUGUAAGAAACCAAGUUCCUCACGAAAGUGGGACACAGAGCGUUUCGGAAGCGGAGGCAAAACUGGAUGCAAUCACUAUCCGAGAUCCCGAUGACGAGUAUCAUUGCGAGUACAGGGAGGACAUUUGGAAGCAACUUUUGGAACAGGAGGCCGAGAAACCUGUGAUACAUCUGCAGUCCCCACAGCUAGAAUUCCGUGGCGCCCUAAUCCAGCAACUACGCGACAUCAGCAAGAAGCUCAGCCUGAGCAUCGCCACUCUUCACUCUGCCGCUGCGCUUUUAGAUCUAUUCAUGGAUGCACAUAGACUCCGGGCGGAUCGUUUGACACAUGUUGCUUUGGCCUGCUUAAGUCUUGCUGCAAAAAGUGAAGAGAAAUUCAGCCGAGCCCCAACCCUCAAGACCCUCUCCAAGAUCAGCAACGUCCAGCUCUGUGGCAAGACAUUCCGCCAGCUAGAAUGGAUGGUGGGCCAGCAUGCAAGGUGGCGUUUACUGGCACCCACACCCGUGACCUUCGCUGCACUGUUGGCGCAAUAUGUGGUUACCGAUGGGGACUUGAAGACGAGGCAUCCGAAAUUCGUACGACGGUUCAAGAGAGACGGUGCGAAGCAGUUGGAAGCGUAUCUGGAUUUGACUUUGUCAGAUGUCCGCCUCAAAGUAGUGGAAGCCGUAGAAGUAGGAUGCGCUUGCGUGGCGUGCGCCCGCGCCGAGCUGGGCCUGGCGGCGUGGCCGGCCUGGCUCGCCACCGCCACGGCGCGCCAAUUUUCGCGUAUCGCCCCUGUCGCCCGUCUGCUGCACCGGAUGAUGCAAAUUCUGAAGUCACGAGAAACGCCAGCGGAAGCGGAAAUCGACCAAGGCUACGGCAGCGCGAAAACCUCACCAAACCAAACACCAUCCACAUCACCUCUUCAAGUCAGUCCAGCCUCAUCAACCUGCAGCACAUCUACCCGCAGCUACGUCAACGUUGACACUUCCUACCGUCAAAAACCGGUACAAACAAGUAUGUAUUCCGUUCUAGAUUUAAACAACACUAGCGUCACCAAUAUAGAAAAUUAUUACCUGCCAACCGCGGUCGACAUGACUCUAAGAGUCGACAACCCUAACGAUUACAGGUAUUUUAAGUCGCGUAGGUUAAUCGAAGCUAGCUUAGAAGGCGGAGCCGCCAAUAGGGCUGUGAAACGAGGUUUAGACAGCACGGUGGAGUUGGAUAGGAAAAGGUACCGUUUGACUCAGAUGUCGCAGGUCGUUCAAUGAUUUAUUUCUAGUCGGUCCAUGUUUGUGAAUUUCAUUUGUGUUUUUUUGUAAGCUGAAUAGUGAUAAAUGAGAUUGGAAGUAUUUGAUGCACCAGUGGUUUUGAGUUUUACAUUUAUUUGGCUAUUCCUUUUUUAUACAGAGUGUUUUUGUUAUGAGUGAAUAUGUAGGUCUUACUGAACAACUUUUACUAUGGGGCCAAUCCAAAAAGCCAAAAAAUCUGUUGUCUCGUACAUUUCGGCGAAUCAUAAUGUCAACGUUUUCUAUGGAAUAUAGCAGAUUUUUUUUCGGAAUUUCGGGUCGGUUGGCCCCAUAAUGCUGUUCAGUAUGGCCUACAUAUUCACCCCUCAGAGUAUGGUCUUACAACAAAAUCAUCCCUGUAGUUUAUUUUGGUCCUAGAUCAAUGUUUUGGCUGUUUAUAAUAGUGUAAAAUAAUCACGUACAGUUUUGUUCCGGCAUAAAAUAAUCCAAAAAAUACCUACUAUAUUUUUUUUAUUGUUUAUGAUUGUUCGACUUAGCAUAAAAAAAAUACCUACUUUCGUGUUUCGUACCACUCGAAUCUCAUUUAUUAGUUUGAAGCAUAUAUCCUAUUUCGUCAAAAAAUAUUGUUGAUAACUUGAUACUGCCAAAAAUUUACAAAUGUGGACAUUUAAACGAUUGCAUAUGCUUAAUUCGUGCAUUUGAUAUGCAUACAUAAGCAUUUGUAAAAGCAUAUGCAAUUUAUUAGUCUAAUUCCUAUAUCAAGCUGAAUUUUGUAUAAGCUAGCACCAAUAUUAUAUGCUUAGUAAGUUUAUACUUAGAAGGAAUAAGGAGUUUGUAUAACGCGCUCAGUUAUUAUUUAUAUAUUUGCAACGCUUUUCUAUUAUUUUUUUUAUGUAAACUCAGUCACUUCUCCAUAUAUUAUGAAACAAUUUUUUUUAUAUCUUAUUAAUAAUGUAUUAAAAUGAGGUCAGUAAAUUGGAGGUUUAGAGCGAGUAUGACCUCAAAAGUCUGAGCAAAGGCGAAGUCUUCAAAAAUACGAGUCAACAUUUUUAUAAUGAACGCGAAUUUGAGCCACAAAUAUGCAUUUCUGUAUUGGAAUGUCAUUCUUAUUCCUUCUCUUACUCACUUGGUGUUGUAUUGUAUACGAACGAAGCAUGGAUUCAUGCAGCUAGGUAAUAGCGAGCCAAAGGAAAUUGGACAACUGAAUAGGCAAAAGUUAUUAAAACAUUU